GUGGGGUAGUAGGCGUGGUAUCUAACAAAUUCUAAAACGUUGGCUUGUCGUUGUUGUUUGUGUCUAUUUUUUAGGGAAAAAGAAGACAGCUCGUCCCUCUCCUCACUAUGUCUUACAUGUUACCUCACCUACACAAUGGCUGGCAAGUAGACCAGGCAAUACUAGCCGAAGAGGAACGAGUAGUUGUGAUUAGAUUCGGUCAUGAUUGGGAUCCAACCUGCAUGCAAAUGGACGAAAUACUCUACAAGAUAACAGAGAAAGUCAAAAACUUUGUUGCAAUCUACCUUGUCGACAUAACCGAAGUACCAGACUUUAAUAAAAUGUACGAACUCUACGACCCGUGCACUGUCAUGUUUUUCUAUCGUAACAAGCACAUUAUGAUUGAUCUCGGAACCGGUAACAAUAACAAGAUAAACUGGGCACUUGACGACGAACAAGAAAUGAUUGACAUUGUUGAGACGGUGUAUAGAGGUGCUAGUAAAGGGCGUGGUCUUGUCGUCUCUCCAAAAGACUAUUCUACUAAGUAUAGGUACUAAAAAGAAUACUUUCAUGUCGUCAUGUAUUAUCAUCAGUAUUGUUGUUUUUAAUUAAUAAUUAUUAGUAAUUUAAUUGAUGUUAAUUUAAAAGGCUUGACAGUACAA